AAACUGUUCGAAGUGUGCUCUGAUUGGUUGGCUGGCGCGGUUGGUUGCCCCGCCUGCUUCUGAGGGACGGGCCUGGUUGCGCUCGGCUGUAGUUUGGCUGAGGGACGGGCCCGGCGAGGAAACGGACGAGGGUCCGUGACUUGGCUGACUGACCUUCCCAGCUGCCUGGGUGCAUCUCCCUCAUGCCGCUUGGACUCGGUCGUCGAAAGAAAGCCCCACCCCUGGUGGAGAAUGAGGAAGCAGAGCCCAUUCGAAGCAGCCUGGGUGGGAUGGGGAUAGGUGGUGUUAGUGGUGUUGCUACUCUUCAGCCUGGCCUUCCUCCACCACCAGCCAACCUCCGCCCCCGCCUUGUUUUUCAUACCCAACUGGCCCAUGGCAGUCCCACUGGCCGGAUUGAAGGCUUUACCAAUGUUAAGGAAUUGUACAGCAAAAUUGCUGAAGCCUUCAAAAUCUCACCGUUUGAGGUGAUGUUUUGCACCUUAAAUACCCAUAAAGUGGACAUGGACAAGCUUUUGGGUGGCCAAAUUGGCCUAGAAGAUUUCAUCUUUGCUCAUACAAAGGGCCAGAGGAAAGAGGUUGAGGUGUUCAAGUCUGAGGAGGCGUUGGGCCUGACUAUCACAGAUAAUGGUGCUGGCUAUGCAUUUAUCAAGAGAAUCAAGCAAGGAAGUGUUAUUGACCGAAUUCAAGUCAUCAACGUUGGAGACAUGAUCGAGUCCAUCAAUGGUCAGAGCCUCAUCGGCUGCCGGCAUUACGAGGUUGCCAAAAUGCUCAAGGAUUUGCCCAAAGGCCGCACUUUUACAAUGAAGCUCACUGAGCCCAGGAAGGCUUUUGAUAUGAUCAGUCAGAGAUCUGCUGGAGCCAAACACAGUGGGAGCGCACAGCUUGGCACAGGAAGGGGCACACUGCGACUUCGAGCGAAGGGACCUGCCACUGUGGAGGAACAGCCAUCUGCAUUUGAGGAGAAAGCCAUUGAGAAAGUUGAUGAUCUUCUGGAAAGUUACAUGGGCAUCCGUGACACAGAGCUGGCUGCUACCAUGGUGGAGCUGGGCAAGGACAAGCAGAAUCCUGAUGAAUUUGCUGAGGCGCUGGACGAGCAGCUGGGCGACUUUGCCUUCCCAGACGAGUUUGUCUUUGAUGUCUGGGGAGCCAUUGGGGAUGCCAAGGUUGGGCGCUAUUAGGACUCUGUGCUCUGCUGAACCCUGCAGGCAGAACCAUUGGGUAGGCCCACUGGUGGGCCUGGCACAACACUGUGCCCUCCCUUUAAUGCUGGGGCCCCCUUUCCUCUCUGUAGGGGCCGGAGCCAGGGCUUCAAGGGCCACAGAGCAAUAAGUAACUCGCAUCGGUGACAGGAGUGUAAUGUGAAGUGGAGCCAGAAACACUGUUGAUGCUGUUCCUUCCCACCUCCCUGGGCACUCCUCCCUCAGAUGAGUGUAGUCUUGCAGGAGGAGUUCUUGUCAGUUUCCUUGUCUGAUGAAGACACUGUUCUUAGGUGAGAGUUUUGGUCCUUGCUGGUUCCCAAGCCUACUGUGUGAGGGAGAACUUAACAGGAUGCUGAAUUCAAGCCUGAGAGGAUGACACAUUGGCCUUGGCAUCCUGAUAUUCUUGAGGAGCCCCACAGACACCGCAGUGGAGAUAGGUUGGUGUUUGGGGUGUUGGAAGCCCCAAAUGCUCCUAGCUGUCCAUAUCUAUUGUAAGCAGACCAAGGCCUCAGAGGGUGCUUGCCCUUUCUCUUUCUUUCCCAGAAUUAGCACCCUUUCCAUCUUGACUCCAUUUUGGUACGAGAUAUGUGUGGGCAUGUCCGUCCUCUUACAGUAGGCUUAUUACGCAAAGGGAGUCUCAUUCACUCUGUUACACUCUGUAUACAUACAAACACUCACAGCCUUCUUUAGAGUGUUGCCUUUUGUUAGCUUUCUGUAGGCUACAAGAUAGGGGAGACAUUCUGUGGGUCCCCUCCAAAUUAAAACAGCACCAUAAUAUGAAGAAGCUGGGGAAGAGGAGAGGAUGCAUUUGUUGACUGUCUCAUUUUCUACAGAUGCCCUUCCAUUGUGGAAAAAAAAUCUGUGGGACCAGGUACCAACUCUGCCUCAGAGGUCCCAGCUUAUUCUCCUCAAGGUGCUCCUUAUCAGCAAUUGGAGGCCCUCCCAAGACCAGCAGCAGGGUCCCUACUGUCUCAGUUCAGGCAUGCUCUUGUCAAUAUCUGUCUUAACUAAUCUGUUCAUUUUUAUUAUACUGACCUACCUCCCAGAGUGGCCCAGUUAGUGUCUGUAAAGCUCCCUCUAUUAAAUUAUUUAUCUCUUGCUGACAUACACUCCAACAUGUUGGUCCUUUAGCCAGUGUUACAUCCGAAGACUGUAGUAUGGGCUGUGUCUGGUUGUCUCAGGAGCUGAGAAGAUCCCCAUCACAAUCUCAGUUCACCUACUGUAUCUUAAAACACUAACCCCAGAUAAGAUAUGGAGCCUCGUUGCCCUCUGGACCACACCUCAAGCUCAGAAUGGGCGGGGCUUCUGCUGAGCCCUGCCUACCUGUGUCCUGGCACUGGAAGUUUCUUGGGUGGACCAGGCACCAUGUCCUCCUUGGGCAUAUUUUUGUAUUCUAUGUGUAAAGCAUCUUUAAGAUAAAAUAUAUUGACACUAUUAA